AGUUCAUGCUCCUUGUCUAACAAUUAACAUUCGCUCCAUUCUGUACAGUGUUCUGGUUUGCUACAUAACCUGUACAAAGUACAAACAGCAAAUAAACAAUAAUAAAAUUUAUCAAUUUAUUUCUUUAUUUAUAAUAUGAUGGUGAUGUCAAUAUACAAUUUUUAUUAGUUAUACUAUUGCAAUUUGUAAUAGCUAAAUAAAAAUAUACAUAUAAUAUCAAGUUGUUAGUUGAUACUAUACAUAAUUAAUAUUUGUUGACAAAAAAAAGUGACAUAAAAAUGAUUGAAAAUGAUUCAGUUUAUGGAACAACAUUACCCCAAGAGUCUAUGAAAGUUAUUGCUGAAAGUAUUGGAGUUAAUAAUUUACCUGAUGAAGCUGCCAAAGAUCUUGCUGAAGAUGUCAGUUAUAGGAUAAAAGAAAUAAUUCAAGAUGCUGCUAAAUUUAUGAGACAUGGAAAAAGACAAAAAUUAACAACUCAAGAUAUUGAUAAUUCAUUGAAAAUUAAAAAUAUUGAACCAACUUAUGGAUUUUUUUCAAAAGAACAUAUACCAUUUAGAUUUGCAUCAGGUGGUGGUCGAGAAUUACAUUUUGUUGAAGAAAAAGAAAUUGAUUUAAAUGAUGUUAUAUCAUCAGCUGGUGGUCCAAAUUGGCCAAAAUUACCACUUGAAGUAACACUACGUGCUCAUUGGCUUUGUAUUGAUGGUGUUCAACCAACAAUACCUGAAAAUCCACCUCCAGUAUCAAAAGAUGUACAAAAAUUAGAGAGUGUUGAUCCAACGUCAAAAUUACAAAAUAAAUUGACAAAUGUUGGAAUUGGUAAACCAGGUGGUGGUGGUAAAGGACAAAAACUUAAAAAUAUUGAAACUGUACAAGUUAAAAAUUUAGCAACACAUGAAUUGAGUGUUGAACAACAAUUAUAUUAUAAAGAAAUAACUGAAGCAUGUGUUGGUUCUGAUGAGGCACGAAGAGCUGAAGCAUUACAAUCAUUAUCAGCUGAUCCAGGACUUCAUGAAAUGCUUGCUAGAAUGUGUACAUUUAUUGCUGAAGGUGUACGUGUUAAUGUUGUACAAAAUAAUUUAGCAUUACUUAUUUAUUUAAUGAGAAUGGUUAAAGCAUUAUUGGAUAAUCCAAGUUUAUAUUUAGAAAAAUAUUUACAUGAAUUAAUACCAUCAGUUGCAACAUGCAUUGUAUCAAGACAACUUUGUAUGCGUCCAGAAAUGGAUAAUCAUUGGGCAUUGAGAGAUUUUGCAUCAAGAUUAAUGGGACAAAUAUGUAAAAAUUUUAAUACAUCAACAAAUAAUGUUCAAACACGUAUUACCAGAAUGUUUAGUCAAGCAUUAACUAAAAAUAGUCAAACAGCUCUUGCGUCAUUGUACGGAGCUAUAUGUGGACUUUGUGAAUUAGGUCCUGAAGUUAUUAAAGCAAUUAUAAUACCAAAAUUAAAAACAAUAUCAGAAAGAAUUGACGGGUCAGGUGAUUCUCCAAUGGUAGUAUCUACUGCUGAUAAAAAUGCUGCUCAACAUAUCAAAACAAUGAUUGUUAAAUCAGUUGCUCCAGUUGUUAAAACAGUAAGAUCAGCACCUGAUUUUAUUGAAGAAUAUACACAAGAAUAUGGCAGUAUUGCUACAGCACUUUGUCCUCAAGUUGUUAAACUUAGACCAUUAAAUCAAUCAUCAGUUAUUUCAAAUACAACAAAUGUUAAUUCAAAUCAAUAUCAAAGUCAUCAAGGAUCAUUAGCAAAUACAAAAACAAUUCAUCAAAAUGAUAAUGUUGGAACAACAGCUGGUACACAAAAUCAACAGAGAGCAAUUGUCGUUGGAACUGGAAGAAAUGUUAAUAGUGCAAUAAAUUCAUCUGCAGCUGGACAAAAAGUUUUUAUUCUUCAGUCAAAAACACAAACACCAACAACAGUUCAAGCACAACUACCAGUACAACAAAAUCAACAAGUUCAGCAAGUUCAACAAAAUCAACAACAGCAACAACAACAACAACAACAACAACAACAACAACAACAACAAAAACAACAACAAAGUCAAGUAAUUCAACAGCAAAGUCAAGUGGUUCAACAACAAAAUCAAUCAAUCCAACAACAACAAAUUCAGCAAGUCCAACCAAUUCAGCCACAACAAAAUCAACAAGUACAACAAGUCCAACAAGUUCAACAAGUACAAGUACAACAACAGGCUAAAGUGCAACAUCAAGUACAACAACAACAAAUUCAACAAGGACAGCAAAUCAUUGUAUCUAAUACAUCACAACUGCAAAAAACACCUAUCGCUGUUUCAAAUAAUAAAACAAAUGUUUGUAUGCCUCCAAGCAGCCAUAUAAAUACACCACCAGUGUCUCAAGUUACGACAAUUACGAAAGCAUCUGUUUUUGUUCCUCAACAACAACAGCAAUUGCAACAACAACAACCACAACAACAACAGCAACAACAACAACAACCACAGCAACAAGUACAACAACAACAAGUACAACCACAGCAACAAGUACAACAACAACAACAACAACAACAACAACAACAACAACAACAACAGCCUGAAAGAUCUCUUAGUCCAUUAGACGAUCAUGCAUUUAUGUAAAUGAGGUAAAAUUAUUUUUUUA